AUGACUGCCAUCAAGCAUGCUUUACAGAGGGAUAUUUUCACUCCCAAUGAUGAACGCUUGUUGAGCAUUGUGAAUGUGUGCAAAGCAGGCAAAAAGAAGAGAAACUGCUUCUUGUGUGCCACAGUGACAACAGAACGACCAGUGCAAGUAAAUGUGGUAAAAGUGAAAAAAUCUGACAAAGGAGAUUUCUACAAGAGGCAGACUGCAUGGGCACUUCGAGAUCUCGCUGUUGUUGAUGCCAAAGAUGCUGUUAAAGACAAUCCUGAAUUUGACUUGCAUUUUGAUAAAGUGUACAAAUGGGUUGCAAGCAGCACAGUGGAAAAGAACACCUUCAUUUCAUGUAUCUGGAAACUCAAUCAGAGAUAUCUUAGAAAGAAAAUUGACUUUAUUAAUGUUAGUUCACAGCUUCUGGAAGAAUCCAUUCCAAGUGGAGAGAAUCAAAGUGUAGCAGGAGGUGAUGAAGAGGCUGUGGACGAAUACCAGGAGUUAAAUGCAAGAGAGGAACAGGAUAUUGAAAUAAUGAUGGAAGGAUGUGAAUAUGCAAUUUCUAAUGCGGAAGCCUUUGCAGAGAAGUUGUCAAGAGAGCUACAAGUGCUAGAUGGGGCAAAUAUCCAGUCAAUUAUGGCCUCGGAGAAACAGGUGAAUAUCUUGAUGAAGUUGCUGGAUGAAGCUCUAAAGGAAGUUGACCAAAUUGAGCUAAAGCUGAGCAGUUAUGAGGAAAUGCUUCAGAGUGUAAAAGAGCAAAUGGAUCAAAUUUCAGAAAGCAACCACCUAAUCCAUCUCAGCAACACAAAUAAUGUGAAACUGCUGUCGGAGAUAGAGUUCUUAGUGAAUCACAUGGAUUUGGCUAAGGGUCAUAUCAAGGCCCUUCAGGAGGGAGAUCUGACAUCUUCUCGAGGCAUCGAGGCCUGCACUAAUGCAGCAGAUGCCCUUCUGCAGUGCAUGAAUGUAGCUCUUCGCCCAGGACACGAUAUGCUUCAUGCGGUGAAACAGCAACAGCAGCGGUUUAGCGACUUGCGUGAACAGUUUGCACGGCGACUCGCCAGUCAUUUUUUCAGCAG